AUGAGAAAGCCUCCCGUACCGAUCGCUGAGGAGCAACCGCCGGCUCCUCCCAACUUCAGUCGCAUGUCCUUCUUGAAGCCACCGAUGCCGGAUUUUCCGGAGGAGGCGCUGAGUGGGGAGAUGGGCGGCGGCUACAACAAGCCGUCCCACCCGUUGAUUGAGGAUGAGGAUGAUUUUGAGGCAAUCAUCACGUUCCCUGAUGGUGACUUCGUGCGUGCAACUAGCACGAGCAAGGAGGCACCGUGGAAAACACAUGUGUCGGCUGCCGUCACAAGUCGAUUCUACUCCAUGAGCUACCCCUGA